UGGUUGCCUUUAAAAGGCAAAGGAAACAAAGCGGGAACCAGUACCAGUUCUUUGCUUUCCUCUACUUCGGCGCCCUAUUGGAGACUUUAUCUUCGCUGUCACUUCUUUCGUCUCUUAUUUUUUUUUUCUCUCUCUUUCGUAGCUCCAUCUCUUUUUGAGAUCUGUGCGUUUCUUUUGUUCUCUUCAAGCCGCUUGUUCGUUUAGAGAUCAAAACUUCAGCUGCGAAAGUUUGACAUGGCAGAUAUGGCCCCUCCAAUUGAGACUCCAACCAAACCUCCCACCUCUCAGCCUGCGCCAAAUCCUCCUCUGAAUGAAAGGAUUCUCUCUUCAAUGACCAGGAGGUCUGUGGCUGCACACCCUUGGCAUGAUCUUGAGAUAGGUCCUGGAGCUCCAAAAAUUUUCAACUGUGUGGUUGAAAUAAGCAAAGGGAGCAAGGUGAAAUAUGAACUUGACAAGAGAACUGGACUGAUCAAGGUUGAUCGUGUGCUUUAUUCCUCAGUUGUUUAUCCCCACAACUAUGGCUUUAUUCCACGUACCCUUUGUGAAGACAAUGAUCCAUUGGAUGUGCUGAUUAUCAUGCAGGAACCAGUUCUUCCAGGAUGCUUUCUUCGUGCUAAAGCCAUAGGUAUGAUGCCUAUGAUUGAUCAGGGUGAGAAAGAUGAUAAGAUAAUUGCUGUCUGUGCUGAUGAUCCCGAGUACCGGCAUUACAAUGAUAUUAAGGAUCUUCCACCUCAUCGAUUGGCUGAGAUCCGCCGCUUCUUUGAAGACUACAAGAAAAAUGAGAAUAAGGAAGUUGCUGUUGAUGACUUUCUGCCAGCCGCUACUGCUUUUGAUGUAAUCGAGCAUUCCAUGAAUCUUUAUGCAGACUACAUUGUGGAGAGCUUGAGGCGGUAGUCAUUUAGCUUCUGAAGCGAUAGGUGGUUGUGAGUCAUAAUACAGAUAUCGUGUUGUUAUAUACAAGUCAUUAGCUCAUGAUACUGAAUGAUGAUAUAUGAUGGCGAUAAUUUUGAACAGUUCUGAACUGUAAUGAUAGUCUUUCAUCUAUUGUGUGCUAAAGAGAUAUAUGUUUUUCAUUAUUUGUUUCGUCUUUUUUUUUUUUUUUGUUUUUUUUUAUGAAGCAGAUUAUAAAUAUCCUAAGCAAGAUGCACUGCUUGGUUGUUGAUAUUUGGAACCGGGCUUUUCACAGAGGCCCAGUUGAUAUAAAAUAUGUAGUCAAUCUUGGAUUUGUUUGUUA